AUGAGUUUGGCGGGCUUAGACACCCCGGCGGUUGUCGAAGCCCACCAGGCUUCGAUAGCCGAUCCCACUGGAUGGUUCUUGCUCAAGUACGAGGACGGCAGCCGGGACACUGUCGAGGUCUUCAAAACGGGCACGGGCGGUGUCCCUGAAGCUCGUAAUGCGGUUGAGUCGUAUCAAGAAAAGUCUCCCUUGUACGGGAUGGUGCAGCACCGGAGGAGAAAAGUGAUUCUCAAAUAUGUUCCUGAAGGCACAUCGCGCAUUCUACAAGUACGCCUAACUGUGCAGUUUCAAACCGUCGUCGAUGCAUUUACACCUCACGACUUCGUAUUCUCCUUCAUCACCCCCAGUGAGCUGUCAGAGCCUGCUAUCGGCGUUCAGACCAUGCUUGCCCCUUCUGCAGGCUCGAUAACCUCUUCAAGCUCGUCGUUGCGACGGCGCAGGCUAAAAGACAUCUCCGAAGAUGCCGAGGAGCCCGCCGCAGUCCCACCUGAGAAGACUUCACCGCUGUCAAAAUCAGAAGAGAAGGAAUCCGCGCCUGUCCAGCCAGAAGAGAAGCGUGAAGAGGAGGCUGACGAGUUGCCGGCAAGCGCGUUGCGGGCGAAGGCGCUCCUAGCCAUGCGCAUUUCCCCAGAGAUUGAUAUCACCGAUCACGACGACCCAGCUUCUCGGCCGCGAUCAACAACUUCGCACAAAUUAUCGGGUGCUGACGAUCCCACAUCGUUUGACACAGCCCCCAUUCUGCCUCCAAUCCCGAUCAGCCCGGGCCUGGACAAAGAUCUGCCUCCUCCGCCUGAGGCUGACAGGGAGGGGACUCGAGAACACGCAGGGGAGAGGGGAGAAGAGAAUGUCGACAAUUCCGAAGAGCCUCAAAAACAGCUGACAAUCGAUCAACUGAGACAAUCACCUCAUCUAUCGCAAGCGGAUAACACCAGCAUUAGUCGAUGGAGCAGUGAUGUUGCCGCAUACACGGUAAAGCCCAAGAAGAAGAAAUUAGGUCCACGCCCUCACGUGGAUCCGCCUGGUCGACCUCGAACAUCGAAUCUGUCGGACACCGGCGCAAGGCCACGUCCAGUCGCCAAUCUUCCCACUACCGUCAAAGUAUCCUCAGACAGAGCAAGAGGCCCCCCGCUCUCCUUCAGGCCGAGCUCGCAGCAGUCAUCGAAGAGUGUCCCAGGCCGAUUUCCCCCGAAUCAUCCCAUGCUUCCUCCGGUACCAUCACCAACACACAUGUCAGGCUUUUUCCGUCAAGAAUCUCGAUCAGUCAUGCCCAAAACGCCAUCACUGACCUCCGAGAUCCCAUCGGGGGCAACCCCUGAGAAGAUACGCCUCAUGAAAGCCUUGCAGCUCCGGAAGCGUAACAUGCUCGCGGCCCAGCGAGCAUCUAUGGUGCAAGAGGCUGAGAUGGAGUCUGGAGAGAAUGGUAAUCUAGCUGAUCCAAAACUAGUGUCCAGUACUGCUUCUCCAACAACUGCUACAAACGCAUCGGAAGACCACUCGAGGGCAGAAGAAUCAUCUUUCACCAGUCGUGAUGAACCACUCCACCGGCAAGCGUCCUUGUCAUCAGACACAAGCUCCUCUAUAACCCCAAGGGCCAAGGCGGAGCUGGAGGACAAGCCACCAAAAGCGUUGGCGAAGGAAGAGCCUAUCAGAGCGGAAAUCGCGCCACGGGCUCCGCCCAAGAACGAAAGCGAAGAAAAGGAGACUAAGGCGUCCGUUAAAGCAUUCGAGGGUGGAGACGAGAAGGAAGCAAGAGCAGCUGUUGGCUCCUCGAUUGAGACGUCACAGGGUCACAGAACCGCUCCCGUUGAGUCACGUCAAGCCGAUCCAAAAGCAUCUGGCGACGAUAGCGCCGCUGUGACCUCCGCCCCGAGCAGCACAGCUUUGCGGGAGAAGAGAGGCCUCGCAGUACCACAGCCACUUCAUAUCUCGGCAGGUGCUGAGCUUUCGGAGCAAUCUGAUGGCGAAUCGUUCAUGGAUGAAUUGGCUAACGCAACAGUCCAUGAGGCUAAGCCGGUCCUAGUCGGUCGCACGCCAGUGACCCCUAUCAUGUCCGCCCCGGCUCUCAGAGACUACAAAGAUGGUAGCCACAGUGGGGAGCCGACCGUGCAGCCUCGAUCAAGCUCUUCUGGACAACUGGAGAAGCCCAGAUCAUCUAGUGGACGCAGCACUUCCGCUCUCCCACAUUGGCCCCCUUUACCCACAGAGCCUGUCCCUCAACCACUUUCCAAGAAGUCUACCUUAGGCUCAGGCAUAUCCAAGAGGAUCAAAGCUCUGGAGGUUUUGUCCACUCGUGACUCCACGAGUCCACCUCGUCAAUCAGUACGUGACAUACCCUCAAAGCGGUCAGCUCUUGAUACUUUUAUGAAGCGUUCGUCGUUUAUGAAACAAGCACCAAAUGCAUCGACUGACCAGUCUCCGCCUAAAAAGCUACCCGAGAGCCAGUCGAUGGCCCCAACAGUGAGAACUGCUAUGUUUUCCCGAGGUGGUGAGAAUGAGAAGCCCGGUCUGUUCGCUCCUGCUCCCAAAGGCGAGGCCGUUUCUGUUACUGCUCGGAUCGUUCGAGACCACGACCUGGUGCCACCUUCAACAGCCCCUGGAGAUUUGAACCUGCACCGGAGUCCACUCAUUGUCGAGCAUGAGAGGCCUGGCGACCAACGACCCUCAUUCAGCAGAGAUUCCAAGAUGCAAGAUCCACCUCGAAGCCCGCAAAAGGGAGCGCGCUUUUCCUUCUCUUCAUAUCGAUCGGCGAAUCAAGCAAGAUUGAAUACGGCUGAUUCGUCAAGCAAGCUUUCGUUCACCAGUAAGGCGAAGAUCCCGCGGUCAGUGAGUGAUAAUUCAUCUCUGUCCGAGGAUAAAGCCAAGGGAAGUCGGGCCCAGCGCCUCAUGAAGCGAGUGUCGAACCUAACAGGCAGACGAGGCACAAAGAACCUGUCAUCUUCCUCCGUGGUUGAUUUCCAUCCUCAGGAGCAUCCCGACACUAUCGAAGAGGAGCGCAACGAACGGAAUGGCUCUGUAGCAGAAAGCUUGCUCCAUGUUGUUGACAUUGGCGAUGUCAACGUGCAAUUUCCGGAGACACUUCUCUGGAAGCGCCGGUUUAUACGAAUCGAUGAUCAAGGAUAUCUCAUCUUCUCGCCACCAGCGAAUGAUCCCAAUUUGCGAAACGUUAGCCGCAAGUUCCACCUGGGCGACUUUCGACAGCCGACUCUGCCCGACUUGGAAAGAGAACAAAUGGCAUGGAGCGUAUUGCUGGAUUUAAAAGAUGGAAGUUGUAUUCAGUGUGCUUGUGAGAACCGAGCCGCGCAGCAACAAGUUCUACAGAUGCUCGUUGAUGCCCACAGCGCUUAUCACCAACUGUAUGUUAAUUAA